CCACUUGUAAGCGCAUAGUUGUGCGAUUCUUUAUUCUAUGGCCUUUCGAAUGUAUUGAAUGUCGUGUGUCGGUGUGAAUCGUGUGAUGGUGUGAUCUGUAGGCUUCUUUCGCUUCUUGACUCGCCAUACCAUAAGCAAAAAACUGUUUAAAAUGAAUGUUGUGGCUCUUGUAAGAAAGCUUCCGCAGCUUUCUUACCACAACUCUCUAUUGGGAGCGGUGACCCUACGGGAUUUCAGAUGCGAUAAUCUUUACGUAAAGCACGCUCAACCAAUUGUUUCCCGUGUAUUGCAAAGGAGCUACUUGUCAACGUCGACGCCUAGGAAACAGAAUAACGGUGAAAAGAGCAAGACCCUUGUUUACUUGGGCUCUAUUCGCUCCACAGUAAAAAUGGUGAAAGGACUGUCCUUAACCACCAGCUUUCUUGGUAUUCUGGCGCAACCCAUUUUACUUCAGAAGCUGAGUGGCGCAUCACUGGGUGCAACCGUGAUUGUGGUGUCAUGUGCAUCAUUCUUUAUCUUCGUCACUCCACUGAUGCUGCACUACAUCACCAGGAGAUAUGUUACUGAACUCACAUACGACCCUGACACAAAGGAGUUUAAUGCGACAACAUUGAGCCUGUUGAACCGCAAGAAACACAUGAGCUUUAUUGCUGAUGACGUAAAAGUGCCUACCAUCCCUGGCCCAUUCACAACCCUUCUGGCUAAAGGUCGCCCAUUGUUUGUGGAGGUGCAAAACUUCCAGGACGCUGGAGCCCUGGAACACUUGAUGGGGUAUGACAAGCCCAUUGACCUACAUGUGAAGCUGCCAGACACUCAAGAGGUACAGACGCAAACAAAAAGGAAGCAGCCAGCACAGUGCAGUGGAUGGUGCCUUACGACACUUCUGCCGUUAAUUGCACCAGAACCUACGAAUCCGACAAAAGAUUUGCUACAGCACUCUGGCAAAUACGAGAAAAAUCAUGAGCCAUUCCACUCUGUGAAGGUGGGUGACCAGCGAAGCUGUUUAGCGAACGACACGGAGGUGACACAUUAUUUUGAAAAAAGGAAUACUUCGGGAAAGCGGGCUCUAUGAGAAGCUUGUCCAGUUGAUGCAGGUCAAUACAUUCACUAUAUAUGGGGAUCCUGCGUACCCCCUCCGCUCAUGCGGCCAUAUGCUGGUGCGCGUCUCAAUAAACAGCAGCAAGAAUUUAAUACUGCCAUGAGCACUGUAAUGCAGUCAGUAGAAUAGGGAUUCGGCAAGACAAUCAGUCUGUUUGCAUUCUUGGACCAGAACAAAAAAUCUGAAAAUCUUUCUCCAGAAUGUGCCUCAAAUGUACAAAGUAGCGACGAUACUAACAAACUACCGCACUUGCCUUUAUGGCAACCAAGUGGCAAUGU